GCGUAAUGUGAUGUAAACGCGUCGCGUAGUUGGCCGAAUUCCAAGUUGCCUUAGGUUUCUAACCUAAAACGUGCCGGCAGAGCUCCUGAGGGAUUUCGCCAGAGGAUAUUUCAUGGAAUAUAGUUUUAAAUCAAGAUGACACUGUUUGCAGCCAAGAUAAAUAAGAAUAUUUUGCCGAUUCUGCGGCGCAAGGUGAUACUCGCGAAGUUUCUCACCCACGAGUGUUACGCAGGCGAACGUCAGAAUGUAUCUGGAGUUCCAUUCGCCCUUACGCGGAGAUUAACUCGGUCUGGUUUACCAAGAUUAUGGCUUCGUCAGGAAACAGUUAUGGAAAAUGUACGAUACUGUCGGCAUGGUUCAGCUAUUAACAUUCGACACUUUUCUACGAAGAAACCCUCCGACGUAGACCCUCCGAUCGACCCUGAAGCAGAGCCGACGGAACAGUAUCCAGCCUCGUUACCAGCAACGGUAGUUGUGCCUGAAGUAUGGCCACAUGUUCCAGUUAUAGCUAUAAAUCGAAAUCCAGUGUUUCCGAGGUUUAUCAAACUCAUCGAGAUCUCUAACCCUGUGCUCAUAGAUCUGAUUCGCCGUAAGGUUAAACUGAAUCAGCCUUAUGUUGGGAUAUUCCUAAAGAAGAGCGAUGAGAACGAAGCGGAGAUCGUUCAGAAUCUGGAAGAGAUUUAUUCUGUGGGGACGUUCGCACAGAUCCACGAAGUACAGGAUUUGGGAGAUCGUUUGAGGCUAGUCAUUAUGGCGCACCGUAGAAUUAAGAUAGUUAAUCAAAUUAUGGAGGACAUUGCUUUGAAGCAUGAAAUGAAACUGACGUUUCCACUACUAAAUACGACACUUAACGUUCCUGUAGACGAGGCAAUGGCUGGUGGAAAGAAGGGUCGGAGAGCUUUAUUGCGUAAGAAAGCUGAGGCUAGAUUAGCGGAGCAGGCUGAGAAGGCAGAGAAAGUCGAGGGAACAGAAGCUGGUGAUGAAAACAAAUCUGUAACUGAAAUAACAGGAGAGUCUGAAAAAGCAAAAACACAGAAGAAAUCAACUGAGACGACAGUGCAACCAGUUUUGAUGGUAGAAGUGGUUAACAUCACUCACGAAAAAUUCAGGCAAACUGAGGAAAUCAAGGCCUUGACACAAGAGUUGAUCAAGACCAUCAGAGACAUCAUCAGUAUGAAUCCUUUGUAUCGUGACUCGUUACAACAAAUGCUGCACCAAGGACAACGAGUCGUUGACAAUCCUGUCUAUUUAAGCGAUCUCGGAGCUGCUCUAACUGGAGCCGAUGCUCAAGAAUUACAGCAAGUCUUGGAAGAAAUGGACAUCGUUAAAAGAUUAAUGCUAUCAUUAGCCCUCCUGAAGAAAGAAUAUGAGCUAAGUAAGCUUCAACAGAAGAUCGGAAGGGAAGUUGAAGAAAAGGUUAAGCAACAACACAGGAAAUAUAUCCUCCACGAGCAGCUUAAAGUUAUUAAAAAGGAAUUAGGUCUCGAGAAGGAUGAUAAAGAUGCCAUCGAGGAAAAGUAUCGAGAAAGGAUCAGGAAUAAAACAGUGCCUAAGCCAGUGAUGGACGUUCUCGAAGAAGAACUGAACAAAUUGAGCUUUCUGGAAAGUCACAGUAGCGAGUUCAAUGUUACGAGAAACUAUCUUGACUGGCUCACCUCGAUGCCCUGGGGAAUUACCAGUACAGAGAAUUUAAAUCUUCAACAAGCUGCUGAGAUUUUGGAUAAGGACCAUUAUGGAAUGGAAGAUAUAAAGAAGCGAAUCCUUGAGUUCAUCGCUGUCAGUCAGUUAAAAGGAUCCACACAGGGUAAAAUCCUGUGUUUCCAUGGACCUCCCGGUGUGGGAAAGACUUCGAUAGCUAAAUCGAUAUCUCGAGCCCUAAAUCGGGAGUACUUCCGGUUCAGCGUUGGCGGUAUGACCGACGUCGCAGAGAUUAAAGGCCACAGACGAACCUACGUCGGAGCAAUGCCUGGAAAAGUGAUCCAGUGUUUGAAGAAAACUAAAACUGAGAAUCCUCUAGUACUUAUCGACGAAGUCGACAAGAUUGGAAAGGGUCAUCAGGGCGACCCAGCCUCCGCUCUCUUGGAGAUGCUGGACCCUGAGCAAAACGCGAAUUUCCUGGACCACUACCUGGAUGUGGCGGUGGAUCUGUCGAAGGUGCUCUUCAUCUGCACGGCUAAUAUCAUCGAUACCAUUCCUGAGCCUCUGAGGGACCGCAUGGAAAUGAUUGAUAUGUCAGGAUACGUAGCCGAGGAGAAACUGGCCAUCGCCAAGCAGUACUUGGUUCCACAAGCAAUGAACGACUCUGGUUUGAACAAGGAUCGCCUCGAUAUUCAUGACAGCGCCCUAACUUCACUUAUCAGGUACUACUGUCGCGAGUCAGGGGUUAGGAAUCUCCAGAAGCAUAUUGAGAAAGUCUCUCGGAAGGUGGCCUUCAAAGUGGUAAAGAAAGAAGCAGACAAGAUCGACGUGAAGUCGGAUAACCUACAAGACUUUGUGGGCAAGCCUACGUUCACUCAUGACAGGAUGUACGAUAUAACACCACCCGGUGUAGUCAUGGGCUUGGCAUGGACCGCCAUGGGUGGCUCUACGUUGUUCAUCGAAACCAGUGUAAGAAAACCCUGCGACGAUAAGAAGUUGGAGGGCACCAUGGAGACCACUGGGCAUUUGGGAGAUGUAAUGAAGGAGUCCACUCGUAUUGCCAUGACAGUGGCCAGGAAUUUUCUGAGACGCAUCGAUCCAGAGAAUAAUUUCCUCUAUGCCUCUCAUUUGCAUUUGCAUGUACCUGAAGGUGCCACGCCAAAAGAUGGACCAAGUGCUGGAGUAACCGUUGCCACUGCUUUAAUCUCUCUUGCAAGGAACCAAGCCAUCCGUCAGAACUUGGCAAUGACAGGAGAGCUUAGUCUCACUGGAAAAGUGUUGCCUGUUGGAGGCAUUAAGGAGAAAACCAUUGCUGCUAAGAGAGUCGAUGUGAAGUGUAUCAUUCUGCCUGAGGAAAACAAGAAGGACUUCAACGAUCUUCCCAAGUAUAUUACCGAUGGCCUCGAAGUCCAUUUUGCUACGAGUUUUGAGGAUGUGUACAAGAUCUGCUUCGUGGAACCUGAAUUCACAGAUCGACCGGUCCAUGCUAAUGACGAGCUUAGUCUCCACUUUCCUCCUUCGCAAGCUGCACCCAUGAUGAAUAGUGCGUGAAAGUCACAAGCGGUCUGGAAUGCUUUUUUAUGUUGGAGUUAUAACUGAUCGGUCCAGGCAGAACGAUAAAGACAUUUUAACUUAUGCCAACUAUAAAUCUCUACCAGGGAUCAUCGUAUAAAUAAGGGAGGGUCGUAUAAAUAAAUCGUUUAUAAAAUAGUGCA